AUGGCCAAUCAUACACUGCGUGAAGCCAUCAUCAUGUUAUUGAUCAUGUUCCUUCUCCCUCUUUGGGAGGCCUGCCACGUGGUGGACAAAGAAGCAUUACUAGAAUUCAAGAGCAGGAUCAGCUCAGACCCUUCAAAACUGCUUCAUUCUUGGACAUCUUCCUCGGACUGCUGCCACCACUGGGAAGGCAUCGAAUGUGGUUCCAUGGGGAGGGUCAUCAACCUCACUCGCAAUGGCCUAGUUGACAACAUUGACGCUGACUUCCCCAUUGAAACAUUCAUGUCUGGAACAUUAUCACCUUAUCUAGGAAACUUGUCCAAACUCCAAGUUUUGGACCUUGGCAAUCUGAAACAGUUGCACGGUCCAAUACCUCCAGAACUCGCCAAUUUAUCUCACCUAAGAAAACUUUUCCUCUAUUCGAACAAUUUCACUGGUGGCAUACCAACAUCUUUCAAGAAGCUUUCCCAGCUUGAGAAUUUGUACCUCGACAACAAUCACUUAUCUGGUAAUGUUCCUUCCUCUGUCUUUUACUCCUUCAGGUAUCUUUCAGAACUUGGUUUGUCAGGGAAUAAGUUUUCAGGGGGAAUCCCAUAUUCCAUUGGAAGCAUGGUGUUUCUCACUAGGCUUGAUCUUCAUAGAAACAAUUUCCGUAGCGAUAUUCCUUCUAGUAUUGGUAAUCUUAUAAAUCUCAAGGAUUUGGAUUUGUCUUAUAAUGGAAUUAGUGGAACCAUUCCAGAAUCAAUUGGGAGUCUUUCACAAUUGGUUUUUUUAGAUCUGAUGCAUAACCACAUUACGGGAAGCCUCCCUUUUUCUAUUGGGGACCUAAGUUCCCUAACAUUCUUCAGGUUAUCAGAAAAUAAGGUAACAGGCAUUUUACCUUAUUCCAUUGGAAGGCUCAAGAAUGUGCAAAGACUAAUUCUUGAGAACAAUAAGCUCACUGGGAAGUUGCCUUCUACUACUGGAAAUUUAACCAGUUUGACUGAUCUGUUUCUUGCAAACAACCGUUUUGAAGGAAAAAUUCCACCUUCCUUUGGCAAUUUGAUCAACUUGGAAACAUUAGAUUUGUCAAGAAACCAACUUUGUGGUGAACUUCCUUCUCAGCUUGCUAAAUUAAAGGCAUUACAGACAUUAGACUUGUCAUUCAACCCACUAGGACUAACCAAAAUACCCAAAUGGUUUUCAAAAUUGAGAGUUUUUCAGUUGAAAUUGGCUAAGACAGGGAUUAAAGGUCGACUUCCAAAGUGGCUAUCAUGGUCCUCUAUAGCAACCCUUGAUUUGUCAAGCAAUGCAUUCACGGGAAAACUACCAUGGUGGAUUGGAAACAUGACUCAUCUUUCCUUCCUAAACCUGUCAAAUAAUGGGUUUCAUUCGUCGAUCCCAGUGGCAUUCAAGAACCUUUCUGCUUUAAUGGACCUUGAUCUUCAUUCCAAUAAGCUUACUGGCUCCCUCAGUGUGAUACUUGAAAAAGAGGUACAGUUUUCACUAGGCCAUUAUAAUUCCGUUGACCUGUCUAACAACAUGUUUUCUGGUCCCAUUGAUGCCAACAUUGGAGAAAAGGCCUCGAUGAGUUCAAUCAAAUACCUUGCAUUGUCGCAUAAUGCAUUGGGAGGAUAUAUACCAAAUUCAAUUGGGAAACUGAGGGAAUUAGAGAUUCUUGACCUUGAGGACAGUGAGCUCUCAGGUAAUAUACCUGCCGAGCUUGGUGAUGUUGAAACAUUAACAAAGAUUCACCUUUCAAGGAACAAGUUAAGAGGUAACAUACCAGAAAAGGUCCUAAAUUUGAAGAGCCUUCAAGAGUUCGAUGUGUCGUGGAAUCGACUCAGUGGGAGAAUCCCUCCACAUAAGGCCACGUUUCCGAUAUCAGCUUUUGUGGGUAAUCCUGGUCUGUGUGGCCCACCCCUUCUUCCUUGUAAACUUUCUUAG